UUUGUGCAGUGUUCUGGAAAAUGUUUUUGCUGACAACUUAUCUAAAGUUGUUUUGCAGCUCAAGUUAUAAACACCGAGUUCCUGAUCGUUUAGACUAGUACAAGGUCAUUACUCGGAACAUAUUUGGGAUUCUGGAGGACUCGGCUCAUGACUUAACAGAACGAAUCAGGUAUUAGCCUCGGGUAGUUUAGAACUCGACUUUCCGAGCAGAACCUGAACACAACAUUACAAUGAUCCGCCGCUCUCAGGUGAGAUGGACACGCCCUCAUCUGGACCGCAGUGCAGACACGUUUCUGUUAUGUUGAGAAAGACGAAAUUUAAUUAGUCUGGCUUGCACGGCUAGUAGUCCGUUUCAUCUGCCUCCGCGUUAUGAAAAGACCGGCCUGAAGAAACCGUCUCUUUGUGUUGUAAUUUUUAUUUGUUUUAGAAAAACAGGGAGGUCCUUGAACUACACAGCUAAGUUAGUGGAAAGGAAACAACCGACUGUACGGAGUUGCCUCUUUUAUUUCUUACUCAGAAAAAGUUCUGUAACAUAAUUAUUUUUUCAUUUACAUUCUGUAACAUAUAUUUCUUUUAAUUUGUCAACCAUAAUCUGUGCGGAGUGACAUUAAACCAGAAGAACCGUAGUCAGUAAAUCAGCGGAGUGAUAUUACAUAAAACGAGAAGACCGCUCGUCGAAUGGACAGUUUAUCAGUAAACAAGGAGCUUCCGAAGAGCAACAACAGUCUUACUGACAGUAAUAAGAGUAAAAGAGGAAUGUUUGAAGGGAUGUUGAGGAAGUCGAACAACCCUACCAAAGACGGUCAACCUCAUGCUGCAGUUUCUUUACAAAAUCCUGAACUGUCUGCCAGUAAAGAAAGUUUACCGGAUAAAUCAUCAAAGGAUCACUCAGGUAUGUUGGGUGGGAUCCUGAAGAAAUCUCCUCAACUAGGACAUGGCCACAGGCCUUCCCAGAACCUUUCUGAGUCUUCAUCCAGUGAUGAAAAUGCGGCUGACAGCAACCCUGACAUUAAAGAGCCCGAAGGGAUGUUUAAGAAAUCUCCAAAGCCAGAUGGAAAUAAAGCAGCUUUUCAGAAGGAUUUGUCUGCACACAGCGAUCUAACAAAAAGCAAUGAAAGUCUUCCAAACACUAAGGAGUCUGGUAGCUGGUUGAGUGCCAUGUUUACAAAUCCAUUUGGAGUAAGAGCACAACCUCAGGAGGAUUUUUCUGCAGUCUCCAAGCUUUCAGGCAGCAGCGAGAAUCUGUCUGAGAAGACAAAGGAAAAAGGAGGGAUUCUUAGUGACACACUCAAGAUAAAACCUGCUAAAUCCCAGCUUCAGGAUGGUUUGUCUGUUGAUGAAAGAUCAGCCAUCAGUAACGAUCACACAGAGAUGCCCAUAAAGAGUGGCGUAGCUGCAAAGAUCUUAAAGAAUCCUUCCACCACAUCAGCUCAGAAAGACCCGGAAUACACUAAAACACUUGAGGAAAACAAGAAGCAUCUGGAAACAAAGACAAAUCCAGUCAAAAGUAACAUGAUCCAACCAGAGCGUAGAAACAGAAGUGGCGCGCUGUUGAUCCCAACCAGACAACCUGAAGAGGAGACGAAGACGUCAGCACAUGACAGAGCACAACAAAAAACAGCUGAGGAGAAGAAUGACAAGAAUCCUGAUGAGAUGAAAGGAACCCCUUCAGAAGAUCAUGCAGUUCCUGUCAAACCACCAGAGGAGGCCACAUCCAAUGACGAAGGGCUGAAAGAUGAUGAAAAGUCUUCAUCCAGAGAGGAAAAGAAAGAAGAAUGGAGAGAGAAGGCUGAAGAGAACAAAAUCAAGAAGCCAAAGACGCUAAAUCCUUUCAUGCCUCGAGUCAAGGCUAAAAUCAUUCAGAGGCAGGCUCAGGAUGGAGCUGCAGGAAAACCAUCAGAGCCGCCCAGCAGGUCUGUAUUUGACCAACUGGAGGAUUUUCGUAUGGCACCCUCACAGCCUGAAGACAGUCAGGAUGUGGAAGAUCUCAUGGACUGGUGGAACACUGUGGAAUCUUGGGGGGACAUGCUUCAAGUUCAUGACAUGACUGAAAAAGAAGAAGCCAAGGUGUUUGCUGGGACAGCAGAGAAAGUGCAAAAAGGCAUUCGUGUUUUCAACGAACUGUUCUCAGAGCGAGCUGAAAGUCUGUGGCAGCACGUGAUUGACCUGAACGCCAUUGCCGAUAGCCUGGACAAGUUCAACAAAAACACAAAGAUCGCUCAAAUCACCGGUGGUUCCACCAGUGCCAUCGGGGGCGUGGCCACCAUAACUGGCCUUGCCCUGGCUCCAGUGACCAUGGGAACCUCUCUGAUCGUGACAGCGGUAGGUUUGGGCAUGGCCACAGCUGGCGGUCUAACCUCAGCAGGCGCCGGCAUCUCCAACCAGGUCAACAACUCAAUGGAUCGCAAGAAGGUGGAGAAGAUCGUGACAGAUUACCAGGAGAAGAUCGCUGACCUUAACAAAUGCCUGACAUUCGUCAAACAGGGGAUUGAGAACCUGCGCAGGUUUGACCUAAUCAAGAUGAAGAAAAACACCUAUAACCAGGACUUCCCUGCACUCACUAGCCAAUUCUACGAGGACGGAGCCAUGGCAGGAAAGGCGAUCCUCAUCAACGCUAACGAGAUCAUGCGUGUAGUGCAGAUCGCCAAUGUGGCGGGCAGCACAGCGGCCAGAGCGGUCCAGAUCGCCAGCAUGGCCACCGGUGUGCUGACUGGUCUCUUUGUAGGUAUGGACAUUUACUUUGUGGCUAAAGAUUCUAAAGAGCUCAAGAAAGGAGCAAAAUCUGAGUUUGCUGCCAAAAUUAGGGAGGUGGCCAUGCAGCUGCACGAGGGUUUGGUGGAGCUGAACAGCAUCCGAGAGGAGCUGCAGUCCACCAGAUCUGAAAACAAACAGAAAACCACAGAUCCAGACACAGAACAGAAAGAUAAAAGUGACAAACGUGACAGCUCAGAUGAAGAUGAAAUCCUCCGCAUUAAAGAAGCCAUCAAAAGCAGAGACUAACUCAAACCUAUCAGAUUGUUCUAAAGCUUUAUAUGAAAAUUUUAAUAGAACUUUUAAGCCCUUUAAAACUUCUGUUUAACAUUUUAAAAGGCUUGCAGUGUUUAGUUUUCCAGUUAAGUUUGCUUGUCUGAACGUCUUCAUCUCAACAUUUACACCACAGAUCACAUCCACAUCUCUGAAGAUUGUUGCAGCUCUGUGUUGUUUUCACUAAUUAAAUAUACAGGGGUGGGGUUGAUGAACCGUUUUGGUUCGGCCUGUUCGGUUCGAUCCACUUGCGUACCGCUUUUUCCGUUAAAUAAUUAAUUUUUAUUUGCGUAAAUUAAGUGCAGCAGAUAAAAGUUCCUAGGCGAGUUUCCACGCGGACGCUGUAUUGAGUGACGCAUGAUGGCUGCACUCGCCUGAUCUCAGUUUUAAAAAAAGUGAUCUGCAAAUUCUGAUCAAUGCUUUUCUGAGCAGAUUAAACCAGCUGGCUGUCGCUGCUACUGUGAAGCCUGUAAAGCCGCUGAACAGAGCGUUGCUUCGCCCCUCCUUCUCUUCUCUCGCAUUGUGCAGCCACGCAGCGGCAAAAAUGUAAACAAACACGUCUGCUGAACUUUUUCCUGUGACAAUCGAUGUAAAGUUUUCAUCCUACAACGAAAAUCACAGCGUGGAGGAAGCUCGUUAUUUAAUGAGCUUUAAAGAAGAAACUGGGCGGUGUGAGGUGAGUUUUUAAGGCUCUCUGCAGAAAUAAAAACACGGAUUAUCAACAGUCAAACACAACACUUGUUUGUUUGACAGUGACAUUCAUAGCUGCACAAAUAACCUGUGAAAUAAUUAAAGACAUGUUAGAUCAGCAGCAUGUGAUGACACCUGGUUCUGCUCACUAUAGGAAAAUAAAUAAUAGUAAUAUAUCGAAAAUUAAUCGAAUCGAGCUCUUCAAAACACUGAACCGAACCGAAUACGAUUUUAGCAUACCGUUACACCCCUAGUAAUUCAGUUUUGAAAGUUUUAAUUUAUUUUGUUGUAAAUAUUUUAAAAGUCUCUUCUCACGAGGAUGUGCCUUAUUGUGUCCUAUGUUUAAGAAAUGGUGUCCAAAUGUGGUUUUAAACUUUCCCUUGGCUGUCAGAAAAGAUUCUGAUGUAUGUUUGUUUUAAUUUAAACAGAAGCAGCAUUGAGCAGCAUGUGAGAUAUUUUAAUAUGAGAAAAAGAGGCAAGAUUAGGAUUAAUAACAAUCCAGAUUAGGCUGUUUCAUUUCUUAUAGAGUUAGUAUUCCAAUCAAACAUAUGAUGUUCAGUGGAAGUUAUGGAACAUAACUGCUACUCUUUUUUAGCUUUAAACAUGUUUAAGCAUCAUAUUAUAAAUAUCUUCUGACAGUUUAGACACAAUUUCUUCUAAUAAAUCUCAUCUUCUAAUCAAUCCAGUCACUAAACACUUUAAAUUUGUAUUUUCAAAACUGUAUACACCUUUUCUUUCUUUCAACUGGACAUUUUCUUCAGAAAACUGUCUUAUAUUUCCCUUUUGUUCUGUUUUCUCAGCUGUCAGCUGGUCUGUCGUCCCUUAAAUAAACUUUGUAUUUAUUUUUCUUCUUGGUCAAUCUGAGCAAAGACAACAUUUUAUCCUUGUGUAAUAAAUUGAAUCUUGUAACGAUAUGCUAGAAAAUAUUAUUUGUUUUUAUUUUUAUUAGAGGUUGAACUUCAGUGACCUCCUGGGUAUUUCUCAUGGAAAACAGUGCACACUAGGGGUUGUAUGAACUAGUCGACUUCACUGCUCUGUAGUGACUUUUUAUGCCUGUCAUCGACUAGUCACUGUCACGUGAUAAUGACUGACAAGAUGCAGUCCUCGGAAAAGACAGCAGGUGAUGAGCCCCUGCGCGUCGGGAGGCGGAGGCGACGCGCUGUGCCAGAGCUGACAGAUGCUGUGUCCCGACCUUCACCCUCUUCCUUCAGAUUGAGACGUCUGCCAUUCCUCCUUUCGAGGAAUUUAAGGUAGCGCAACUCAGGGUUGCGAAUGACCACAGUCACCAAUUCUUGUCAUGUGUCUAUGUAUGUAUGUCUGAUCUCUGAAUUGUGUGUACUGAAACUCUAAUUUCCCUCUGGGAUUAAUAAAGUAUCUUUGAUUGAUUGAUA